AUGGUUUUGCUAGUCGAAGAAAUUUGUAGCCUUCUGGAGUAUCACGCGGAUCGUGACAAGGUGGUAUCGCUAGUGAGCUACGCACUUAAGCUAUGGGGUGCCACCACGAAAAGUCCGCCAUUAUUGACAGCGAGCGUGCGGAUCGCCGGAGCGCGCGCAACGCUUCGUCUCUUCGAUGAUGCCGCCGCGCUCAGAGCUAUGAUCAGAUAUGGAUUUGGAAAGCAAGUUAGUAAAAUGGCUCCGACCAGGUCCAGGGGUGAAAAAAGAGGACAAUUGUGGACUGAAGAAGGCUUAAAAGCAGCAAUGAAUGCUGUUCAAAGAGGCUAA